CUGUUUGAUAUGAACCUCCUCAAGCACGUUGUUUUUGGUUAAUUAGCAAUUAAUUCAUUUUUUACUCAUUUUAUAGUCUUAAUUAAUUUUAAAUCAUUUGGAAUUUAAUACGAUGGAAGAACCUAACGAAACUUUUGACGACAUAGAAGUGGUCUAUUUAGAUGAACUCGAAGAAAUUGAUGAUAUUGAUCUAAAUGAGGAUGCUCAGGAUGAAGGGGAUUAUGCACAAGCAAUUGAUUUAGCGCACUUAACGUUUUCGAAGCAUCCAACCUCAGUCUUUACAGGAGCGUUUAGCAGAAGCGGGACAUUAGCGGUUACCGGUGGUGAAGAUGACAUGGGUUACGUUUGGUCCACAGAAACCGGCGAAGUCCUUUUGGAAUGCACCGGGCAUAAGGAUUCAGUAGUUGAAGCUAGUUUUAAUUUUAAUGACCAAUUUGUCGCCACUGGUGACAUGAGUGGAUUAAUACAAGUUUGGGAUGUUCAUAAUAAGAAACUGGUUUGGUGCUACGAAGGAGAUGACAUGGAGUGGCUACUAUGGCAUCACAUGGCUAAUGUUCUUAUAGCAGGCUGUCAGUCUGGAGAUAUCUACGUGUGGCAAAUUCCGCAGGGAAAUUGUAAGGUGCUGCCAUCACACGGGACAUCUACACAUAGUGGCAAAAUACUAGCAGAUGGCAAACGAUUGUUAGCCGGUUAUGGCGAUGGCCAAUUACGUUUGUGGGAUUUAAAAAGUGGCGAAAUGUCAUGGCAAUUAACUGCGAAUAUUCCUUUGUUGGCAAUUACAUCUCUAGACAUUACGGAUGAUGCAAACUUGUGUAUCGUGGCCCCUUCUGCACAACUGUUUAAAGUAGCAGAUGGUACCCAAACUGCGUCGUAUCUUACUGCUGACGAAACCGAAGUGGAGGUGGUUGCUUUUAACACUGAGUCAGGAUUGCUAGCCACUGGUGCAAUAUCAGGCAAACUGUGCGUUUGGGACUAUAAAAAAAAUAAUCUAAGACACGAAACAAAGUUUGAUACUUCUAUAACCACAAUUAAAUGGGGAGUCGAUGAUAAAAUGUUUGUUGGUUGUACAGAUGGUUGUAUUUAUGUUUGUGAUACACGAUCUGGUACUUUAGUUGAAGUUUUAACAGGUCAUAAUGCAAACAUUUUAAGUUUAUCAUUAACGAAGGAUUGUACUGAUCUUCUUAGUACAUCCGAUGAUGGAACUGCUAAAAUUUUUAAAACAAAAAGUAGUUAAAUAUUUUUAUUAGCGAUAAUUCAAUGGAAGUAACCAUUUGUGUACAUAUGUAAUUAUUUUUUAAUAAAUACUAUCGGCUUAAUCAA